UCGAAGCGAACAAGCGAAGAAUCAAGCGAACAAGUCACCAACAUGAGACUCCUUUCAUGCGCACUCACCGCUGCCGUCUGGGUAGCAGCCCUUCUCGGAACGGCGACACCAGCUCACGCCCACUACCUGGCUGGUUCAGCUCCAGGAAGUUUGAGUCACGGAGAAGAACACGAGGCUGGAGGAUUCCAGCACGCGGGGAACACCAGACCUGGUCCUAAAGGACGGGCGCGCGGUCCGCACGGACCCAUUAACUGGCCGAAAGGAAAGCUGCUCGGCGCAGCUCUGCGGAACGCAGCAGGUCCUGACGGCCUUCCAGAGCUUCAAGGUCGACUGGCCAACGGACUCGACCAAGCCGAUCGAAGGCUGCGUCUUCGGGGCAAGGACAACAAGCCCUAAGGCCGACCUGUUCACCUGAACAUUGCUGUGAAGUCAAGGUGUGGCGUCAAGCCUGGAUGCAUACCGUAGUGUCUAAGAAGUUGAAGGUCGUAAGUCGAAACUAAAACAUGUUCAUGUUCAAGUUGUACUACGUAGUACUACUAGUAAUAUGAACUUUGAAUCCC